UUGUCAAAUUAGGAACAAACCUGGAGAGACAUCUGGCCCCCAAAAAAAGUCAGAAGUCCUGAAGAACUGAAGAAGGGAUUCUCCCGCUCGACGGCGGUGAAGCUGCGGGCUCCGUCGAUGGCCGACGCCGCCGCCGCCGCGGCGAAGCUCAACAAGGACGACGUGAUCGCCAGGCUCAAGGACGACGGGGAUUUCGAUCGCCUUCGCCUCAAGCUCAUCCGCAAGCUCAAGGACAACGAGGAACUGCGUUACAAGAUCAUCGGAAUGGUGAAGCAGUCAGCUGCACUUAAUCGUCCAGGUUCUGAGAAUUUGAAGCCCAGGCAGCUUUCUGAUACUAUAUAUGAAGAGGUUGGAAGCAAAGUUAUGGGCCAGAUUUCUGAAAGCCUGUGGGAGAUAAUCAAAUCGGCUGAUGGCAUGAAAAGUGAAAUUGAAGAUACAGUGCAAUCUAUGUGUAGUAAGAUAUUGACCCCUUCUGGUAAAGACAUGCAGACACCGCUGCAGAGAAUGGACUAUAGCAGAUCCUAUGCUGUACCAUCCAGUGAGACCAAUGCAGUAUUCAAUAGUGAACAGAAGGAACCGCUGGGUUUCUGUCCGCCCAGUAAUAAUCAGAAUCAUGGAGAACAACACAAUGAGAGAGUGCAAGUACCAGCUUUUCGUGAAAAAGGGUUUUCUGAAGGUUUGAAGAAUGAGCAGAACCCUUCAGACAAGCUUUUGACCCCAGACGAUGGAGAUGUAAGUAUCCCACCAGGUUUUUCUGGCAAUGUUAAAAAGUGGAAGCUCUCUAAUGAUGCUGAGGAUGAUCCUGAACUGCCUCCUGGUUUUGGUUGAUUAAAUGUUCUAAGAAGUGUGCGUGGUUGUUGCCCCGUGAUAAAGCGGAAAUCAUUUAAUGACGUUGGGAUUUGGUCAUUGAUGGAACCUUCAUUAUAACUGCUUACUGCUCUGCUUAUAUACAGCUAUCACGAGGGCAUCUGGAAUUUUCAUACUGCUUUGCCGACUGCUUGUUUUGUGUUAGAGAGAUCAGAGUGAGCCCCAAGUCUCAAACCGUGAUCAUCAUCGAUUGACAUUUUUGUUGUA